UUCGUCCGGCCCCGCCCCGCCCCGCCCCGCGGUGGGUGCGCGCGGCUGGCGUCCCUCGCGCCGCUACCGGCCCGCCGCCAUGGCUUUCACGUUCGCCGCCUUCUGUUACAUGCUGGCGCUGCUGCUCACCGCCGCCCUCAUCUUCUUCGCCAUCUGGCAUAUUAUAGCAUUUGAUGAACUGAAGACCGAUUACAAGAAUCCCAUAGACCAAUGUAAUACACUCAAUCCUCUUGUACUUCCAGAGUACCUCAUCCAUGCAUUCUUCUGUGUUAUGUUUCUCUGUGCAGCAGAGUGGCUUACACUGGGUCUCAAUAUGCCUUUGUUGGCUUAUCAUAUUUGGAGGUACAUGAGUAGACCUGUGAUGAGUGGCCCUGGUCUGUAUGAUCCUACAACCAUCAUGAAUGCAGAUAUUUUAGCCUAUUGCCAGAAAGAAGGAUGGUGCAAAUUAGCAUUCUACCUUCUAUCAUUUUUUUACUACCUAUAUGGCAUGAUUUAUGUUCUGGUGAGCUCUUAAGAAGACAUUGAUCGAGCAUUGUUCCAGUUAAGUGCAUGCAAAAGCCACAAAACAUGGAUUCUUUACAAUGAGAGCCUCUUACCAAGUUUAAACACAGAAUCUGAUUAUUGCAUUUGUGUUAGGAAUUUAUGGUUCCCCUGUUUUUUAACAUAUUUCCACACUUUAUACUUGUGGAAAGACUGUUUUCUUAUAUUUUACUGGGUUUUUGAAAAGUUCUGACUUCGCACUCCAUAAGGAACAGCCAUAAUCUUCAAGUAGGUAUGCGUUACUGACUAGCCUUAGUGCACUAGGGAUUUUCUUUAGGCUGGGCUUUGUAGUGGCUCGUUUGGACUUGUGUAUCCCACUUGUAACUAUGAAUCAGCUGUAGCUGCUGAAUGCUUGGGAAGGACCAGAAGUGCUCUGUGUUUUACCUGUAGGCGAUGUUGGCCUUAAGAGAUAAAUUCGUGGACACAAUUGCAAAAAAUAGUUCUGGUUUGUUUGGGGUUUUUUGUUGUGUUUUGCUUCCCCCACCCCCACCCCACAUCUGGUUAGUCCUUCCCUGUAUAUGCAUGGUUCAGAGACUUCUAUAUUUUCUCCAAACAUUUAAUCUUGCUUUAAUCUCAAGCAUAUGUCAUUGUGAUAGAAGUUGAAUUGUCCACAAAGGAAUGUAUUUAAGUGAUUAUUUUUUUUUCAAUGUCUGUGCUGUCUUAUUAACAAAUGGACAAACCUACAUUUGUCAAGUCCAACGAUGAAAAUACUUGAGUAAUACUACAGACUUUUUCAAAGCAGAAAGUGAGAUUGUGAAACUGCCCUGCUGUUCCUUAGUGCAAUAAAUAAAAAUAUUAAAAAAAA